GCUCCUCCGCGGUGGAACUUCCGGAUGUGACCACAGAGGAGCGAGCGGGGAGCGGAGCGGAGCGCAGGAGACGGGAGGGAGGGAGCCGCCCUUCGAGGCUGGGAGCCGCCCCCGCCCGGCUCCGACCCGCGCGUCGCGGCCGCCUGGGUCCCGCAGCCCGGGGCGGGACGGGGCCCGGGCGGGGCCUGGCGACCCCUGCGUCCCGCGCCCAGCGCCCUGUGCCCCGCCAUGAGCCCCCGGCCGUGACCCCGCGCCCAGGCCCAUGCUCUGAGCCGCCGCCCCGCCCGGCGCGCGCCGCUGAGGCCGUGGGGGGCCGGGGACCCCGCCUCCGCCGCCGUGGGCCUGGGGCUGCAGCCGGCCGCGCCCUCCCCGCCCAUGGCCCGGAGGUACGAUGAGCUGCCCCACUACCCAGGCCUCGUGGACGGUACACCUGCCCUGGCUAGCUUCUCAGAGGCAGCGCCCCUAGCACCCAGAGUCCCUGGGCCCUACGGCCCGCCCCGGCCACCUCCAGCCCCAGGCCUGGACAGCGAUGGCCUGAAGAGGGAAAAGGAUGAGAUCUACGGACACCCACUGUUCCCACUGCUGGCCCUGGUCUUUGAGAAAUGUGAGCUGGCCACAUGCUCUCCCCGAGACGGGGUGGGGGCUGGGCUGGGUGCACCCUCUGGGAGUGACGUCUGCUCCUCCGACUCCUUCAAUGAGGACAUCGCUGCCUUUGCCAAGCAGGUUCACUCCGAGAGGCCACUCUUCUCCUCCAACUCAGAGCUAGACAAUCUGAUGAUCCAGGCCAUCCAGGUGCUGCGCUUCCACCUGCUGGAGCUGGAGAAGGUCCACGACCUAUGCGACAACUUCUGUCACCGCUACAUCACCUGCCUCAAGGGAAAGAUGCCCAUUGACCUGGUCAUCGAGGAUCGGGACAGUGGCUGCAGGGAGGAUCUCGAGGACUAUCCAGCCUCCUGCCCCAGCCUCCCAGACCAGAAUAAUGCAUGGAUCAGAGACGAGGACAGUGGGUCUGCACAUUUGGGGACCCCGGGCCCAUCCAGUGUGAGCCUGGCUUCCCAGAGUGGAGACAACUCUAGUGACCAAGGAGACGGGCUGGACACAAGUGUGGCCUCACCCAGUUCUGGCGGGGAGGAUGAGGAGCUGGACCAGGAGCGGCGGCGAAACAAGAAGCGAGGGAUCUUCCCCAAAGUGGCCACCAACAUCAUGCGGGCCUGGCUGUUCCAGCACCUGUCGCACCCCUACCCCUCUGAGGAACAGAAAAAGCAGCUGGCGCAGGACACAGGGCUCACCAUCCUGCAAGUGAACAACUGGUUCAUCAACGCGCGGAGACGCAUCGUGCAGCCCAUGAUCGACCAGUCCAACCGCACAGGGCAGGGUGCAGCCUUCAGUUCCGACGGCCAGCCGGUGGCGGGCUACAGUGAGACGCAGCCGAAUGUGACUGUCCGGCCACCGGGCUCAGUGGGGAUGAGUCUAAACUUGGAAGGAGAGUGGCAUUAUCUAUAGAAAAACACUCUGCCUCUGGACUGUGACCACUGGCCUGGCACCUGCUCUGUCCCCACAGGCCCUGUGGCUCUGGGACUCUCCAGGUCUUUCUGCUCAACACCUACCUCCUCAGGGGGCCCCCCAGGACAUGGGGACCUGAGUAUCCACCUGGGGGCCUCUCAAGGACAGACACAGCCCCAGCCCUGACCCCCUGGCUGCCAGGGUGGGCCUGUCUGUGGAUGCAGUGGCUGAGGCCUGGCUAAGGGACAGAGAAGGUGCUGGGGGCGGCAGGGGCUAUUCGGAGGAGACUCACCCAGGUGGGACAUCUGGGGGCACUCCCCCUCCCACCUUCCUUCUCUGAUGUCUUCUACAUUUUUUAAUAAUAAAAUCAUAAAAACACA